AUGGAUUUGAGAGUAGGAAGAAAAUUUCGCAUUGGCAGAAAGAUUGGGAGUGGUUCCUUUGGUGAUAUUUACCACGGCACAAACUUAAUUAGUGGUGAAGAAGUAGCCAUCAAGCUGGAAUCGAUCAGGUCCAGACAUCCUCAGUUGGACUAUGAAUCUCGCGUCUACAGAUAUUUGAGUGGUGGUGUGGGAAUUCCAUUCAUCAGAUGGUUUGGCAGAGAGGGUGAGUAUAACGCCAUGGUCAUUGAUCUUUUAGGCCCAUCUUUGGAAGACUUAUUCAAUUACUGUCACAGAAGGUUCUCAUUUAAGACGGUUAUCAUGCUUGCUUUGCAAAUGUUUUGCCGUAUUCAGUACAUACAUGGGAGGUCGUUUAUUCAUAGAGACAUCAAACCAGACAAUUUUUUGAUGGGGGUAGGACGCCGUGGUAGCACCGUUCAUGUUAUUGAUUUCGGUCUUUCGAAAAAGUACCGAGAUUUCAACACACAUCGUCAUAUUCCUUACAGAGAGAACAAGUCCUUGACCGGUACAGCUCGUUAUGCAAGUGUUAAUACGCAUCUUGGAAUAGAGCAAAGUAGAAGAGAUGACUUAGAAUCACUAGGCUAUGUCUUGAUCUACUUUUGUAAAGGUUCUUUGCCAUGGCAAGGUUUGAAAGCAACCACCAAGAAACAAAAAUACGACCGUAUCAUGGAAAAGAAAUUAAAUGUUAGCGUGGAAACUUUAUGUUCAGGUUUACCAUUGGAGUUUCAAGAAUACAUGGCUUACUGUAAGAAUUUGAAAUUCGAUGAGAAGCCAGAUUAUUUAUUCCUGGCAAGGCUGUUUAAAGAUCUGAGUAUCAAACUAGAGUAUCAUAACGAUCAUUUGUUCGAUUGGACGAUGUUGCGUUACACAAAGGCAAUGGUGGAAAAGCAGAGGGACCUCCUCAUCGAGAAGGGUGAUUCAAAUGCAAAUAACAAUGCGGCAAAUGCAAGCAACAACGCAGACAAUAAGUCUGAAACUUUCAACAAGAUUAAACUAUUAGCCAUGAAGAAGUUCCCUACGCACUUCCACUACUACAAAAACGAAGACAAACACAAUCCUUCACCAGAAGAGAUCAAACAACAAACUAUCUUGAAUAAUAACGCAGCCUCUUCCUUACCGGAGGAACUAUUGAACGCACUAGAUAAAGGUAUGGAAAACUUAAGACAACAGCAGCCGCAGCAACAGGUUCAAAGUUCACAGCCACAACCGCAGAACCAACAGCUACAGCAACAACAAAGUGGCCAAAGACCAAAUUAUUAUCCUGAACCAUUACUACAACAGCAACAAAGGGAUUCUCAGGAGCAACAGCAGCAAGCUCCGAUGGUGGCAACCAGGGCUACUCAGUAUCCUCCGCAAAUAAACAGCAAUAAUUUCAAUACUAACCAAGCAUCUGUACCUCCUCAAAUGAGAUCUAAUUCACAACAACCGCCUCAAGAUAAACCAGCUGGCCAGUCAAUUUGGUUGUAA